GAUCUCCGUACUACGACAACGUGAGGCCCCUUUCCUACCCAGACUCGGACGCUGUCCUCAUCUGUUUCGACAUCAGCCGUCCAGAAACCCUCGAUAGCGUAUUAAAAAAGUGGAAAGGGGAGAUCCAGGAGUUUUGUCCCAACACGAAGAUGCUGUUGGUCGGCUGCAAGUCGGACCUGCGCACCGACCUGAGCACGCUUGUAGAGCUGUCCAACCAUCGACAAACCCCAGUCUCCUAUGACCAGGGCUCCAACAUGGCCAAGCAGAUCUCGGCGCCUUACAUCGAGUGCUCGGCCCAGCAGUCGGAAAACAGCGUCAGGGACAUUUUCCACGUAGCCACGUUGGCCUGCAUUAACAAGAACAGCAAAAAUGUCAAGCGAAGCAAGGCGGCGCGUCCCAACAAGAGGAUUUCACACAUGCCCAGCCGGCCUGACCUGGCGGCCGUCUCCACGGAUCUCCGGAAGGACAAAGCCAAAAGCUGCUCGGUCAUGUGACUCGUCAGACUUAAGUGGGGGGGUAUCAGACUAAAGAGAAUGAGGACGCCGCAUAGUGCAAGCAGGGAGCUUAGGGGCAAAGCCCUGUCCUGCAUGCUAAAAUAACCCUCGUUUGUCUGGAAAAGGGGUUUUUAUAAGCUUCAAUUAAUGUGUUACUGGAAUAUUCUGCACCAAUGAGAACUCGUUGAGCGAUUGCGUCACAGUUGAGGUGUGUGUGUGUGUGUGUGUCCCCCCCCCCUCACUACAGCCAGUCCCACCAGAGGAGGAAGCUAUCAGUCAGCUGGCUAUCAGUUUAGGGAGGAGCCAGCUUCCUCUGAGGACGAAGCGGAUGUAGUCGAGGCGUUUCUCACCAACAGGAAAUGAGCAGGAGGAGUGAUGUCAUUAAAAGAUCGCAGAGGGUUUUAGAACAUGCAGUCUUUUUAAAUGAGAGCCAAAGCCAGCUAUGGCAGGGGGCUGUGGCCUAUGAAAGUUUAAAAAAAAAAAA